ACAAUCGAGCGUUGAUAUUGAGAAAUAACAGACACUUUGACGUUUACAGUCGUUACUGAGAAUUUCUGCAACUUUUCUGGGUUUUUCGUUUUUGAUUUUUUUUUUUUUUUAGAAUAAAUUGUCGCAAAAUUCAGCAUUUCAAAACCUUUUUUUUACUUCUUUCAUUAUUCCAAAUUCAAAAUGAAAUAAGAUUGUGAACAAAGAUCCGUUGGAAAAAUGAAAAAAAAAGUGGGAAAAAAAGUUUAGUUCAUCGUGGUUUUGUGUGGUCAUCAUGUACGAUAAUCGGAUAGUGUCAAAGAGUGUAACGAAUUGCUUUUAUCGGCGUAAAAUUCAAGCGAAGCAAAAGAAAAGAAUCAGACAAUUCCGCAUGAGAAAUAACAACAAAUGAAAUUCGCGAGAAAAAAAAUGAGUUGCGUCGUCGCGUCGAAAACCAUUUCAAGAAUUAUGAUUUCUCUCUGACGUAUAUCGAGCUGUAAAUUUAUGACUUUGUGAAAUGCAUGCAAGAUGUUGAAUGGGUUUUUAAGGAUCUCGCGACCAAUCGAUUUGCUUAUUAGUUUUAAACGCAAUCAUUAUGUGGCCCAGAGUGUGCCAUGAGGUAAAAAUGUUUGCCGUGAAAUCUUCUCUUUCUCUCAGAGAAAAAUAAGCGUAAGAAUAUUGGGACGAAUUACCAAAUGUUAAGUGCUGUGUUGUAAACCCAAACAUCAAACACAAAUAUAAAUUGAUGACGGAACGCGAGCGAGCGCAACGAAAAUAUUUGUAUCGUUGCCGUUUCGUUCAGGCCUCAUUACCAACGCUUAAAAUAAUAGUUGUAGCACAGGCAAACCAGGAAAAACACAACUAAUACUCGCCGAUUAAAUCCUAUUUUCCUGUUUAUUUAUUGGAUUGGGUGAGCAUUGAGCAACAAAAACGCUUUGAACAACAUCAAAAACCACAUUUCCGAUUUCGAAUCCAUUCUCUCGCCUCUGCUCCUGCAGCAAUGGCAAAAUCUCUUAAUACGCCCAUUAGAUUUUCGGAUUUUUUUCCAGUUGCGUCGUAACGAACAAGAGAGGCAUAGAAAGAGCGAGAGUAAGUGAAGCACGGUGCUACUGUUUAGGCUGUGUUGCCUUCGUUUACAAUUGCACACGUGCAUGUAACUUUUUUUCUAUGCUUGAAGGAGAAUUGCAUUUCGAAGCGAGACGAUGUGGAAGAAAAAGAGAACAAAUUUUAACGAUGUUUCAUUUAUUGGGCUAACAUAUUCAUAUCCGUAGUGGUGUUAUUCUUAUUGAUUGUCGUGAAUUGGGAUUUUCUUUUGGGGACACCGUGGCAAAUAAAUCGACACUAACGAUGUGGAAAAAUUGAACUAAUUUGACGUGGUGAAAAGCCAGAUAUUGAAAUCCAUAACAAGUACUGGGUGGCCUGAAAACACACAAAUACAAAAGAGAGAAAUAAGCUGAUCAAGCAUUUCUUCAUCUUUUAUCAACCAAAACUAAACGUUUCACACUUUUUUUUCGCUUUCCCUUUUUACAAUUUUCUGUAUAUUUUUAUAUUCUCACUGUUUUUACGCUUGAAAUUCAAUGCUUGAAAUUUGACGCCAAUGAUUUACUCGUCAACUGUAAAAACGGCAUCAUCACACAGUUGAACUAAAAUUUAAAUGUCAGUUAAUUUAUGUCUGUCCUAGACAUUUUGUCGUCGGCACAAUCAAUGAACCACAUCGCCGUCACCUUUUCAUAGCGGUAAAGGGACAUCUGAUUCGAAACAGGAUCAGAAAAAAGUGGAAUAUUUUGAGAGAAAACAUUUCCAAGCGUUGAAGGCAAAUGUGACUUUUUAUUUGUUUUUCUUUCGGGAACUUUUAUUAGAAUUUUUUUUUUAUUGAGAUUUCUUUUCUUCAGUUUUAAUGGUCUUAUUAAUUGAGCGAAAAAGGAGGAAAGAAAUAAGUUCAAACGUAAUAAAAUGUCCUUCACGAAAUUUAUCAGGAAAAACUUUUUUCUAACUUGAAACUUUACAUAGAAAAAAAAACUUUGAAAUCUUCUUCGCUCAACGUCGAAGCGAUAAACAUAUUUCACCUUUUUUUAGUAUUUUUCUUUUCUUUUCCUCUAUGUUUUUUUUUAUUUUUCUCUCUCUGAAACGUCGUUUUUCUCUAAAAAAUGAAUUUUCUGCCGAAAUAGAGUCAUUAUUCGAUUUGAAUGACAAAUGUUUAGCAUAAAUGAUGAUCAUUCUUGAAAACACUGUAUCAAAAACAAUCAUUUUCUGACACCAAAUCAAGGUCUGUAGAAUAUCAACGAUUUAAAUUUUGGUUACACGACUUAUUCCAGAAUGCCUAUUAUUAUUCAAGUUAAAUAUUCUAUCUCAACAAUUUGAAUGAAAUAAUAUGCAAGAGUCACGUACCGGUUGCAAACUAAAAAACUGUAAACAAAUUAAUCCAACAAAACGAUAGCGAUGAGGAAUUUGGCAUAGAUUUCGUUUGUUCUGCUUCUAUUUCUGAUUGUUUCACUUUGAUUGAAUUGUGUUUGUACUCGGCAAUUUUUUGUUGUUUCUAUUUUGUUAUUUUAAAUGUCACAGAUAAAUUUCUAGUCACUGAUAAUUAUUCGUUGCAUGGAUAUACUUCACUUUCACUCGAUGUAAUUCCUUUUUUUUCAGGCUCCACUGAAAAUCCUUGAUGAAGCAAAAAAAAAAAUUUGCUUGAAAUCUAAUGUCCAAGUUGAAUUUCACGAUUUUCCUCGGAGUAGUGUUUACUUUUUGUGCACUGUAAGAAGAACACGCGAAUGACGACCUUCCGUCGUGUGUGUCGACCAGUCAACGUUACUUGAAAAUUACGAAAUGAAUACUGAGCUAGCGGUUACGAGAGAGGAAAAACAUUAACGCAGUAACGCGCGAACUCGUCCAAAUAUCAAAAAUGAAAGACAAACACACACACACACACACACAUCAUCAGUACACGCCACACAUAUCCCUCUUCACAGGCUCAUUCAAAUGAUAGAGGCGAUCCAGCGAAACACGAAUAUGAAUAAUCACAAUAUGCUCGAUUGGUACAUAAUGUAGCGAACGGUUUCACUCCGCCGAUGUGAACGGAGAAGAGCAAGAGAUAGAAAGAGAGAAGAAGAAAGUGUGAAGUAUUUGUGUAUAUAUACAUAAAAUAUGCGGUUGUAUAGCACAAACAACGAUCGUCUGCCACUUUUUCUCUCGCUCAUCAUUAUCCGUGUGGCUCUUGUUUUUCUCCUUUGCACGGGCCUUCUAUCGUGCGUUUCGCAUCACACUGUAUAUAAAUGCAGGUUGCACUCUUCGCUCACUCGUGCGCGGAUCACAAGCAGAUUGAAGUGCAUUUUCAUGAGAGCGAAAAAAAAGGACAAAAAGGAAAAUAAAAAUCAAUCAGGAAUAACGAACGAAAACAUUUUUUUUUUUCUCUUUUCCAUGCGAUUUUUUCCACAAUUUCUUUUUAUUAGUAAUUUCGAUGCAAUGAGAUCAUGGAGUGAACGCCAAGUAAAUAACCAAUGUUUACUUUUUGCGUUUGUUGAACCUUGCACUUUCAAUAUUGUAUUCCAUUACAACAAUAUUCCGCUGAAUUUCGGAAUUUCCAAGUAAUUCAAUGCAUCGCUCAGUGUCACAAAAUCUGACGACUGAAUACGAGUCUUGCAGAAAUUAAUGGGAGCAAAAGACCCAUUAUGUUUGUUCAAGUGACCGUUGUAUAAUGUUCUCCAUAUAUGCAGUUAGAAUAGUACAAACAAAGGCCAAUAUUUUUGGUCACCGUUUUCAUCCAGACAGUGUGUGGAGUGUUGAGUAAAUGAAUUUGCACUUAUUUCUAGACUGAUUUUGUGUGUUGGUCGUUCGACAUUUCGUUUACAUAUCUCAACACUUGGAUGAUGUAUGUGUGAAUGGGAGAAAAAAUACAGUGAAGAUUUUGUGUUCAUUAUGCUGUUUACAGUGAAACAAAAACAAAUAUCGGGAUCAUAAGUAUCAGCAUUCGGUGGUGAAGUAUCUAUGAAGAUGCGAUUUUGAAAAGGUGAAAAAGAAUGAAACCGCGCCCCCUCGACACUCGAUCGGCUCGAUUCGCGUUUUUAUUGGUCUGUGCAUCGGAACGAAUGAACACACACGUAUGUGAUUGUGCGUCUGCGUCUGCGUCUUUGUUCGUUGAUGCACACACGGAUGAACCCCAAUACCGUGUUUGUGUUCUAUCUCUGUGACGAAGCUCUCAAUCGAUUUCAGUCUCACUCUUAUUCCCAUUCACGCUCUGCCAUUAUUUUACUACUAUUUGUUUGUACUAUAACGUAGCCACUGAUUCACGUUUUUCAGCGUAUCUAUUGAUCAUUUUGCCGAGUCUAUUCAUUUGAAUCGAUAUGAUGACCAUUUCAAUUCAAACAUCACACAAAUCGAUUCUGUCGUUCUUUGACUGCUCGAGGGUUUAUUUCAAUCUGAUUCACUCUGUGGCGACCUGAACACGAUUGUGCUUCUGUACGUAAAUUGAAAAUGACUUUUUUUUUGCUAAGAUCAAUGAACUAUUCGAGUGAGUAUCAACACUACUAUGGUAAGCGUUGUCUUUUUAAAGAGCUGAAAUUUAAUACCUACGACAUUGGUCUUGAGUCGGGACUUUUGGUGAAAGCCAAGAUCUAACUCUAUUUUUCUUCUAAAUUAUAAUAUGAGUUUUAAGUUAAAAAAAAAAAUCUACUUUCAUCAAGUUUUGUAAAAAUUAAAAAAAAAAUUACUUCGAAAAUUAAUCAAAGUGGAUAAUUUUUGAUUCAACUCAUUUUUAUUGAUUUUCGGUGUUAAGAAAAUCAUUCUUUUCAUAAAGCUACUCCAACUGUUGUUUCAUUCAACUUCGAAUACGCUCACAAAACUGGUUGUGCUGACUCUUUUUGAACACCCUAAAAAUUGGCAUCUGACAAUACUACACUUGGUCUUUCGAUUGACAUUUAGCUGUACGUAACCGAACUGUCAAACAAAUUGAAUAUAGUAAACAAACGGGAAUGCAAGAACAUCAUAUGCAACAUUUUCGCCUUAAAAAAUUGAAAUAAGUUGAAAGUUUCGAUUCACUCGAGGUAAAAAAUAGUGCCAUUUAUCGAUUCAAAAUGAUUAAUUUCCCCAGCGGUCCAAUUGUAUCUUCAAUUCACAUCGAACCUGUUGACAGCGAUGAAUACAACCAGAGUUUGGUUGAACAGCUCACACCAUACCAUAAGCAAACGUUUCUUCAUUACGUGAAAAUUGAGAGAAAUCUGUUGAAUGUACCUGAUUCAUAUCCAAAGCUGUGUGCACGUGUUGUAGAUGAGUUAAACAAAGAACAGUUUAAAUGUAGUCAAACCGAAUGGCUGAAUAUUCUGAAAGCAUGGAAAGACUUUGUGAGUGCCCAUUCCGGAAGUAAAAUGCUAACAACAGAAGACAAAGAACUAUUGAAAUAUAUGAAUCAUGUCAAGAAGUCUAAUGUAUCGAAAUCUACAUCUAAAGCUAUAGAAAAUUUCUCGACGCACUGUCGAAUUUGUUUGGCGUCGAGUAGCUCGAAAAUGUUGUAUUUGUUUGAAGAGAAAAAGCAAUCAUGCCAUGCGGAAGUAUCGUUGCUCGAUAAGCUAAAUUAUUGCUCGUGUUUUACAGCACAAGCCAGGGCUGAUGACCAAUUGCCGCAGUACAUUUGCAUGAGCUGUUCGAUUUUAGUUGAAAAUGCAUAUCAAUUGAAAGUUUUAUGUGGCAAAACCGAAGAAAAAUUGCAAGAGUUCCUCCAAAAAGUGGACCAGCAAAAUGACCAAACUGAGUUGGAAAUGAAUUCUGGUGAACUUUAUGUGAAUAUUCAAUCAGAAGAGCAAGGAGAGCACACUUUUUCUGAUGUGAAGCAUGAAGAUGAGAUGGGAGUUGUUCAUCUUUCAACAAAUGAAACAGAUUUCAGGAGAGAGCAAGACACAUUCGAAAUAGAUGAUGCUAGUGAAGAGAUACAAAUAGUAAAAAUCAAAGCAAAACAAUCUCGUGAAUAUCGAUGCGAUAUGUGCACCGCAGUGUUUUCGAGCAAACGACGUGUCUGUGAUCACAUGGAUCAAAACCAUAAGGAAGAUGUCAUUCAUAAAAAGUCCUACAAGUGUCCCGAAUGCGACAAAUGUUUUCGUGUGAAAUGCGCACUCACAAUUCACAUACGAACACAUACUGGUGAACGACCCUAUCACUGUGAGAUCUGUCGAAAGUCGUUCAAAACGUCAAGCGCUGUAAAUAAUCACCGUGUAAUUCAUACCGAAGCAAAGGACUUUAAAUGUUCAACCUGUGCAUUCAGUACAAAUACAAAGGCGAAUCUGAGAAUUCACGAGCGAACUCAUAGUGGUGUUCAACCGUAUGCCUGUCAAUUCUGCCCGAUGAAAUUCCGAACCGCAAGCAAUGUGAUCAAACACAUGCGUAAUAUCCAUGAAAAACAAAAAUUAAACAAAUGUGAACAGUGCGAUCGUUCGUUUUUCACUCGCGAGUCACUUCGGAAGCACAGUGUCAUUCAUACAGGAUUGAGGCCAUUCAACUGCCCUCAGAAAGAAUGCCCACAAUCAUACGGAUGGUAUAACGGGUUGAAAAAACACAUUCUUCAUCAGCACUCCAACGAUGAUGUGAAACUGCCGAGCGAAAAAUUCUUCUUAGACAAAUUAAAAGACAUUCUGCCAUAGCACUUGAGAUGAAUCUAAUAGAAAUGCCAAAAAUAAAUUGACGUUGCUAAGAAAAGAUUAA